GUUUUAAUUUUAGUUGGUUCAAGUCUCAUUAAGUUUCCAGAAAUUGCUAUUCGCUCACUUUCUUUCUCUCUCUCUUUACCUCCAACCUUAUAUUAGUCAAACACCCUUUCUUUCUUCUUCCCCCAACCUUCUUCCUUUGACACAAAAAUUUCCCAAAGUCCAACAAAACUCAAAUCCAAAUACCCUUUUUAGUAUUUAAUCCAAAGAGUUCACCUUUGUAUUCCUCUCGCAGUAGGGCAUCAUCUCACAGAAAAAAAAAAGUUAGAAAGAAAAGAAGAAAAAUGUUGCAGUUGUUCUUCACUGUGGCUUUCUCUGCGGUUCCUCUGACCCUUUACGUGCCACCAAUCCGAAGCCUGAACCUGUUUGUGGAAACCAUGGAAUAUGUUGUCAGAGAAUCAAGAACCUACAGGAAUCGAGUUUACCCUCGCCUACGCGUAGCUUGGUCUAGGAUGUUGGAUAUCAUGCUCUGCAACACAAGGUAGAUUCACAUGUCAAAGUUUCAACAAUUGAAAGAAGAAGAAAAAAAAAAAACCACAUCUUAUCUUAUUGUAAAUAUGUUUUUUCUUCUUGGACCCCUUGUUGUGGUUCUUUCUUGAUUGUUUUAAUUUUCAGUUUUUUUUUAAUCUUCUUUGAUUUAACAUCAAUUCCUAAUAAUCUACAUACAAUAAAGCUUGUACGGUGUUAUGAGUUUGUUUUAGAGCAGUUUUGCUCUUGCCGCGGAUUAAUAUGCAGUAGAAUUAAUUGUUGUAAUUUUUAUUUUUUUUUUUACUUUUUUUACAUUUUGAGGUGAUUCCAUUCGGUUGUGCUUCCUGUUCAAUGUUCGUUCCUCAAUGUAACCUUUGAAAGAAUAAUGGAAUUUUCUGUGGUCAUGGAAAUGUUGAGAAGUUUUUUUAA